GGUGCCGCUGAGGCAGCGUGGGGAGAGCUCGUAGGGGAGGCGGCGGCCGGCCCGGCCCGGCCCGGUCCCGGGGGACGGCGGAUCUCUGCGGGCAGGAGGCGGCGCCAUGGCUCCCGUGCUGAACCUCAACAACGAGGUUGUGAAGAUGAGAAAAGAUGUGAAGAAGGCCAGAGUCCUCACUAUUCGCAGACUAACCAGACACAUCGGGAAAUUAAAGUUGAAAAAGGGUUCAGAAGACUUGAAAUUAAAGAACCAAAAACGAGUUGAGAGAUUAAUAGAAGAAAUCCAUGCUAUGAAGGAAAUAAAGCCAGAUGAAGUUACCAGACUUGCUCUUAGGACAGAAGUUAAUUUUGAAAGUGUCUGCAGAAAGCCAAAUUGCACAGCAACUGAGCGAGCCAUUGCAAGACUUGCAACACAUCCCAUCUUGAAACCCAGAUUUGUUGAACUUAAAGCUGCUGUAAAAGCUUUUAAGGACGAAAGAAAGAAUGCAGCCAAAGCCACUCCUUCAAAAAAGACUAAAUCAGAAGAAAAGCCUAAAUCAGCGCAAGAUUGCAAUAGCAAUUUCAAUGACCAAGCUCUUAAACUAGUGCAAAAACAGCAAGGACACAAAGCAAAAAUGAGCAUGAAAAGAGGAACUGACAGGGUGGCUGAAGAACUUUGUGAGAGUGAAGUUGAACAGAAAACUGUAGAAAUGGAGAGAGCAUAUGCUCCAGAAGAAUCUUCAUUUCAGGCAGUAGAAAUGCAAGCAGUCAUUCGGAAUAAAACAGAGAAGAAACUUGGCUAUCAAAAAAGGAAAGAAAAUAUGAGCAUGAACAAAUUAAAUGCCAUUAAAAAAAAAAUGGGUGAUGAUAGUGACCAGGAACAUCCUAAUGAAGAGGAGUAUUUUGAUGAUAGUACCGAAGAGAGGUUUUAUAACCAGUCAUCAGAUUCUGACAGUGACAGCAAUGAUGAUUUCUUCAUUGGCAAAGUGAAAAGAAAGAAAAAAAUAGCAGCAGUCACUGGUCUUCCUUCAGCGAAAGAAAAGGAUAGACUUCAUAAAAACAUAGUGAAGAAAGAAAAGAACACAGUGGCUGGAACAGUGCGAGGUUUGGUCAUGGAAGAGGGAAAGCCACAGGCGAAAGCAGGCAAGCUAGAAUCGAUGUUCUGCAGUUCUUUGUCUACCUCUAAUGAGAAAUCUCAACACAAAAGAAGAAAUACUAAAGACCAGCCACUCAAAAAUGGAAGAGCAGCUCUUCUUAAAAGGGAACCACAACUCAAGAAGCAACCAUUUGCAAAAGCUGCAGGUAUAAAAUGUGACAAUAAGAAAGCACGUUUGGAGCAGCCUCUUCAUCCAUCAUGGGAAGCAAGCAGGAGACGCCGGGAACAAAUGUCUCAAAUUACAGCAUUCCAAGGAAAAAAGAUUAAAUUUGAUGACUAGACUAUAUGUAAAUCCAGAUAUUUUUUUUUAAAAAAAAAAGGUCCUUGCGGAGUUGCAUCCCAUGGUAUUUUCUUAGGAAGUAACAACUGCUGUUUGAACAUUUUUGUUAUACUGUCCUUUGCAACCUAUAAAAUAGCAACUGCUAGAACUUGCCAUCCAUUAAUAAUGAAGAUUGCUUCAUUUCUCCAGUGUGCUGUCUGUUGAUUAAUGGAUGAUCCUAUGGUGUUCGUUCAUAAGUCCCAUUAUGUAAUGUCACCAUUUAUGAAAUACACCUUAAUGUGAAUCAGUGUUUUUUAGGAACAUCAGUUAUGCCCUGUAGGAGCAGUACAGAUUUGGGGGGCUUUUUUUUUUUUGUAUUUUAAACAAUAUGAGGACUUGGUUGUCAAAAGAGAGGGGAAAGUACAAAACAUUGUGGUGAUAAUCCUAAAACUAUAUUUUCAAAUAUAUCUCAACUGAGAAAAAGAGAUUCCUAAAUUUGAACAGACUUCACAAAUUCAUGAAUGUAUCGUGUAACUGGAAAAGCCGAUCAGUAGUAUGUGUGAUAUAAUAAUUUCUGGAGAGCAAUAAAAUAUUGGCCUGUUAAAUUGUGA